UGGUGGAAGGUGGUGGCACGUAAAUGAACACGAGUUGUUUAUAAGUUAUAACUAUUUCUAGAUUAUCGUAGACGCAAAAUACGUCAGUGGUAAAGCAAAGCAGAUAUUUAUCGCGAAACGUCACUGGCCUUGCCGCUUAAUCGCAGGGUUAUCAGGAGUGGCAUAAUUAUGCAUUAAAUGAUGAGGUGCACUUGAAUGGUAUAACUAAAAAGUUGCGAGGCAAUAUCUCUUUGGCCGAAGAAAGAUGCGAUGUUUUUGCUGAGUAGAGUGACUUCAUGGCUGAUAUGCGUUACACAUCUAUGUCCCGUGAUCUUUCCAACGAUUCGGUUUCUACUGUCCGAAUUCCCGAGUAUGGAAAUUUGGACUACCCGGAUAAAUACUUCACUCAUGACACGAAUUCUCUCAAUGGCCCAUUACUACCGAAUAACAUAAACCUCGUAGACAAGGUUUCUAAGGAGCGGAAAGACCACCGAGAAAAAUUCAAGGUGUACAGGAAAUACUCAGAAUUGGCGCCACCCACUACUCAAAAUGGCUACGAUAAUUUUGGGAAUUCGGUGUCUUGCAAGUCACAUUCUCUACCAGGAAGAUGUAACAGUAACUCAGCGGCAAUGAAAAAUAUAGUCGCUCUAAAUGUUCAACCAGAAGACUUGGCUUCUCAAUUGACUUUGUUAGACCUGAGCGUUUUUAAAUCGAUUCGAUCGGAAGAGCUUUCGAGUUGUUCUUGGAAUAAGAAAAACAAAUUGAUAGUUGCUCCGAACGUAGUUGGGUUUACUCGCAGAUUUAAUCAUGUAAGUUUCUGGACUGUUCAAGAAAUCUUGAACGCCCCGACCCCGAAGCAAAGAGCAGAAAUCUUGGCUCAUUUUAUCAGAGUUGCGAAACGAUUGUACGAGUUGAAUAAUCUGCAUUCCUUAUUUGCGAUAACAUCAGCUUUGCAAAGUGCUUCAAUUUACAGGUUGAACAAAACUUGGGCUUGCAUUUCGAAAAAGGAUAAAGCAACUUUCGACAAACUGGCGGAAGUAUUCAGUGACAAAAAUAACUGGAUGAACUUGAGAGAUCACAUGGAUUCGAUUAAAUUACCGUGCAUUCCUUAUUUGGGUGUAUUUCUCACUGACCUUGUGUUCAUAGACAUGGCUCAUCCUGCCUCUAGAAAUGGAGACAAUUGCCAGAGGAUUCUAAAAUUUGAUGCCGUGUUAUCGAGAGUCAAGAUGUUCCAAGUGAGUGAAUAUCCGGGAAUAAUUCCACUUCCUGAUGUUCAGCAGUAUUUAAACAGCGUUCGCUAUAUUGAGGAGUUACAGAAAUUUUUGGAGGAUGAUCAUUUUAAAUUAUCAAUGAAGCUUGAGCCAAAUUCUCCAGCGCCGUCCUCCAGUAGUAGUAAAGAAUCCGUGGGAGACGUAACAGGGGUCGCAGCACUUUCUUUAUCACCUGCUAGAGGAUGUGCCGGAUCUCUUCGCUUGCAUGCCGCUUCCGCCGCGACUAAAUUUGUACCUGGCCAUCGAAAAUGUAGAAGUCUUGGUACAAAAUUUCGUAGUACGAGUCUUCCUCGCAACUUCCAUAAACAACGAGGCAGAUACGGAUCGAACUUGACAACUUCUGGUAUUUUCGGGAAACCAACUGCUCUGCCUUUGGAGCAAAGUCAGUUAACGGUUCGUCAUCUUUUGGAUGAUUCCGUCCUGGAAGAACCUCACUUGUUAACUCAGAUUUUGGACUUGGACCAAAACUCGCCUGGAUCCCCUGCAGAUGCUGUAAAUGAAGAUUGUAGUUUGCUCUCUAGAACUAGAACGUUAACAGUAUUACCGAGUGAUAUCGAUGGAUCUGCAGAACCUUGCUGUUCUAUGCAAGGCUUAUUAAGGCGAAAAGUUAUUUUAAGAGAUGGUCGCAAGCCAGCAGUUUCCACGUGGCAGAGAUAUUGGGUGCAAUUGUGGGCGUCUACGAUCGUUUAUUUCUCCUCUAAAUGUUUCAAAGGGAACGAUAGAUCUGAUUUUAAGAGAGAGCCUCAUAAAAUGGUAUCUAUUUUCGGAUGGAUCGCGGAACCAACGAACAAUUCUAUUCGUCCUGACACGUUCCUUCUCACAGAUCCUUUGAAAGGUAAUGUUUACAAAUUCAGGACUUCAUCGAGCGAGCUUGCGGAUCAAUGGCUAAAGGCAUUGCGUGCGACUGUUCGGGGUGCGACAGAAAAGAAACCGAUUCCUGUAAAUCUCAUGUCGUUCGAGUAAGUUUUACUAAACUUGAUUUUCCUCAUAUUUCGCAAAAAGUGGACCGACGAAUGACAAUCCCUGUCAUUCAGUACUUCUGUCUUCCACGUAUCAACUUCAUCUAAAUUCCUGACGCAUCCGAAUUGCGUCCUAAACGAAGAAUGAUGCAUAUCAAACAGUUAUAAUAUCGAUUUAUUCGCAAUGACUUCAUCUUUUUCAUGUUUGCGUAAUUUAUCCGUCGAAUGGUAAAGCAAUAAUCUUCGCUUAGAACUCGUAUUAGACUGCUCUCUAUAGAAUUUUAAGAUUUGUGGACUUUUCUAUAUCUAGAAACCAAAUUUUACAACGGAAUACGAUUUUUUUUAUCUUACUUUCGUUUUAUUUUCUCGAAUAAUUGUGCAAAAUCGCAGCUAAAUAACGUAAUUUGAUCUAUUUUCUUUUACAAAUUCCAUUUUCUUUACUUACUUCUUAAUCCUUAGGGAAUAAGUGUGUGUGUGUGUGUGUGUGUUUUGUUGUACAAUAUGUUUAGAUGAAAAAGCAAAUAGUAUUUGUAUUUUAGUAAAUUGUAAGUUUGUAAUACUGAUCAAAUUUCAUGUUUCUAAAUUUUAUGGCUCUUUUGCAGGUAAUUUGAAUUUUAAAAUUAUGUAAUGUGUUGACAAACAUGAGUGGGGAAUGCAAAUUCAGUACAAAUGAUUUUUGUAUUUAAAAAUGGUUUGAUUGCUUUUGAUUUGGAGUGUUGAAGAAAUGCGAUACGUGAUCGGAAUGCAGUACACAGAACUGUUAUUUAAAUAUAACGAAAUGGAGUUCAAACCUUGCACCGAAUACACUGAUUAAUAAAUAUAUAGAAUAAUUUUUUGGGGAAUCGAAUAUUCAGUACCACGAUAAGCUUCUGGUUUAGGCGUUUAUAAUUCUUAAUAUGGUGCCACAAAACUCUUGCCUAAAAAGAUCUAGAAGAUUAGGAUAACAGAUGAAUGAAUGCAUGGUGUUUUGUGAAAUAUUGAAAUAUUUCUACGCUGAUAAUUUAUUUUUAUUUGAAGUAAUUUUUUUCAUUAUCAAUUUUUUAUAUAAUCACGGGUGUACUUUGUAUAAACGCGUAGAUUGCAUCCAUACACGCGCAAAUCUGUAUACAAUGAAAAGAAAAAGAGAAUACUCACACUCGAUUUUAUGAUCAAUUUUUAUUACUGCGAUUUUUGAUUGGGAAUUAUUGAAUAUUGUUAAAUUUGAAUAUGAUCUCAAAGAUGGUCUCUUGUUUUAAAUUUGCUAUGUUAAGGUUGUUACCUUGAAUUGGAAAACUUUAUUUUAAGAUUUGAGAAACUUGUUCGUUGUGAGUUUUAUCUUCAAGUUUGAUAUUUAAAAUCGAUUGACUUAAGCAAAAUUUAAUUCUUUAUUACAGUUAAGUUUUGAAGUGUGAAAGGAGUUAAAACCGAAAAAUUAUGAGAAAAAAAUGAAAUUCUUGGGAAAGAUUCUCAUGUCAAUGAAUUUAUUAUAUCUACUUCUUUUUCGGAUUUAAAUCUUUGUAGAAGAUUACUUUAAGGAUAAGAAAUUUGAUAGAAUGAACUAAGUCUCGAAGAAAAGAAAUUCAUAUCGGAGUCAUGCAAAUAAGACUAAGCAUUCGUCAGAAUGUGAUAUCUGAUAUAUUUCUAUACUCUUGGUGAACGUUGUAUAAUAUUCAUUGUUAGAUUACCGCCUUCUUUUGUCUUUUGCAUUUAAAAUAAGUCGGUGAAACUGCGAAAAUAAUUAAAUAAAUCUUCGCUCACAAAGAUUAAACCAUGCUCGCAAGUAGUUAAACCAUUUUAAUGAUAACUGCACGAUACUUUUUAAGCGACCAUAACUAAAUUAAUAUUAGCAUUUCGAAUGCCCAAUUAGAUUUAUUCAAAUACGAUCGUCGCUUUUUAUCUGAAAACGAUCCUCGAUUUUAAUUAAAUUCUAUUUUAAUUAUAUUUUUUUAUCAACGAAAAUUCUGAGCUAAAAUUUGUGUCAAUUAUCUGUGAAAAAAUCGGAUUAAGAAUUCAAUCAGGUGGAAGCGAAACGAAUUUUUUUACUUGUAUUUUAAUAUAUCUAUUAAGUCUUCAACCUAAGUCACAUGUUAGGAUCGCGUUACGUAUGUUUAUUUAUGCAAGUUCUACACAAAAAAAACACUUCGAGUUUUUCAUGACCAAAAAAAGACUGAGCACAUUCAGACGCACAAAGUUGUUGAAAUUUAAACUCAUUUUUCCAAUCGGAUAAUUAAGAAGAAUGAUAGAUGUCUCAUAAAAUAAUUCGGGGGAUACUUUGUGUGUCUGAAUAAGCCUGCUGACUGAUUAGCAGUGAUUUUUUUCUUUUUUUUUAUUAUCUGGAGAUGCAAAUUCUUACAGCAGUUGGCAGGACUUUGCUAGGCUUCGUCUGAUGUAAAUAGCGUUAAUUUAUGCGACUGAUUUUUCAUAAAUGAUACCAAAAAUAUACAUACCUAACUCCGACGGUUGCGUCCAGCUUUUUAAUCAUUAGUGUAACUGUAACGCAUACGUUGUGUAUGUCAAAAUGGUUGUGCAGUAAAAUGUUCAAGUAUUGUAUACCUUUAAGUGUGAAACAAAUUUUUUUCUCUUAAUUUUUACGCUACAUUUUUAGGAAAAACUGUCUAGGAAAAAAUUUCUAGGGUACGUUUUAGGAAAAAUUUAGAAUUAAUACAGUUAUUAAGGUAGAAAAGAUGUUCUCUAGUCUUUUCUGUGAGAUUGAUUUGUUCAUUUUUCGAUUUUAGUAUAAUUGUAAAAGCCUGUUUAAAUUCUCGCAAGAAAAAAAUUUAUGGAAAUAAUUUAUAAUUACGAAGGUAUACAAGACUUUUAAACGUUUUAAAAAGUUGUAAUCUUCGAUUGUGCAUAAGCUAUAUCUUAGUAUGGUGACGUUAUAAUUUUUCUUGUAAGAUGAAAUAAUUCAUGCCAUACUCUGUAUAAGCAAAACAUUUCAUACUGUUAUAAUAAAGAGUAGUGAAAUGUGAGA